GAGCGACACAUCGGAGAAAACUGUGGCCCUUUUUUUUCGUGUUUAAUUACCCCUCUCCCAAUCCAUUUAGAAUGAGCAUAAAAUAUAAGAGAAUUUUGGCUAUUUGGAUGCCACUAGUCAAUCCAGAUCGCAUUGAGCCAUUAAAAGGGCUUUCAGACCAGGGUAACAAUACAGGAUUGAUCUAUUUAACCUGGUAGUUUGUGCAAUCUAUCGGGUCACCGGCCACCCCACUAAAUAUUUUCUAGCUCCGCCCCUGGUAAGGCGAUACGCGGUCACCAUGGAGACGAGAUGGUAUUGGAGGGAGGGUGUCGGUGGAGAGGCUGGCGGCAGGGUUAAGGCGCCGAGGGCGGCCAUGGCAGCGGCGCGGCGAUACAAGCGUCUGCUGUUGAGUUUUGGAGGUGCGCUGGCGGCGUGCUGCGCGCUGGCAACCGCGGUUUCCGCUGGACUUCCUAGCUGGGUGGACGGGUCCGUCCUGUGCAGAACCGGAGCAGAACUCGUUAACGCUACUGGGAGCGAGCUCAAUAAAUUCGUCGGGCGUCUCGCCUACGGACUCUUCCACGGGGAGAGAGUCAAGACCUGUGGCUUGGGCGGCAGGACCUCACGAUUCUCAAUCUUUUCAGAGUUGUUGGACGCCAUCCCAGCAGGUCUCCACGUGACCAUCAUCAUCUUCUGCGGCGCGUUGAUUGUCUUCUCGUCUGUGUCCAGUGGCUUCUUCUUCUUCAACGCCUUUGGACGUCCUUACGAGACGCUGCACGGUCCUCUGGGACUUUACUUGUGGACGUCCAUCUGCUGUGCAUGCAGCUUCCUCGUCGUGGUUCUGUUCGCGUCUGAAGUGAGGAUCGAGCGUCUGUCUGAGCGCAUUGCCAACUUCAAGGAAGUGACUUUCGUGUUCCAGACGCACGGCGAAAGCUUUGACAUCUGCUUCUGGAUCCUCCUUCUUGUCUUCUUCCUGCAUGCUUUCAAUGCGCUGAUGAUCCCACUGGCAGGGAUGAACUUCCCCAUGUUGCGGCGUAAAGACUUGGACCCAAGUGGCGGCGCUGCCGACCUUAUGUAUUGAAUCAAAAUUUAUUUCUUAACACGUCACAGCUAGAUAGCUACUUAGCAUCAUCAUCAGUGUUUGAAAUCAGUGUUCCCGAUUGAGACAAAUUGAAAUGCCAAUUAUCAAUUCAAGCCCAUAAAUAAUGUUUUUGUUACGUUACCUUUUAAAAUAAUAAUAGCACUGCAUAAAACUACUCGGAGAAAGAAAAAAAAAAAGCUGUAGUGUAUGUUUGCUUUUGAGGGCCUAAUGAGGAACAUCAGGAAAAUGGUCAUUAGUCUUUGUGUAGCUGUCCCACUGAGCUGCAAACAAUUGCAAGUGUUUUCAAAGGUAUUGAAUGUUUCUCCAUUUUGCAUGUACUUUUAAAAUUCUCUUGUGACAAGAAAAAACACUACAAAUGUUGCCUAAUGUCGGAGCAAACAUUCGUGACCUUUUUGCUACUUUUGCCAAGUCUAAUUGUUUGCUCCUCAGUCGGAUAGGGGCUUGUUUCUGGACAUGGUUUUUGGCAUAAUGCAGCAUUUUCAUUAUAUAUUUGUACAUUUGACUGUACUGUUCAAUAAAUGGCUGAAAAUGAA